AUGGAAGCUUCUGCCCCACUUCUGACCACAAGAGCCUCAGCCACACCACGUCCUUACCCAGCAGGCUUAACUCCACUAGUUUCCCCCCUACGCCCACACUGUCUGGCUCGAGAUCGGUUGCGUUUUUGGGUCCCCGCAGCCAAACGCUCUCGCAUUGAUAGUAUGGGUACACCCAUUCCGAUUUCAGAUGAAGACCUAGACCGAAUCCUGGCAGUGAUAUCGCAUUCACAUGCAGUGGGCACCAGGGAGACCUAUGGAUCAGGUCUCCUGGUCUACCAUGUUUUUUGUGAUACUCGAGGAGUCGCUGAAGAUCAGCGUUGUCCAGCGCCUUCGGUGUUGCUUCUGGCCUUUAUCUCGGCCUGUGCGGGGUUAUAUGCUGGUGCCACACUUGACAACUAUUUCUAUGCCGUUCGCGCUUGGCACCUGAUCCACGGGGCGCCUUGGCUCAUCAAUGUAGCUGAGUCCGCCCUUGCACUCACAGGAGCCGCAUGUUUAGCCCCGCCCUCUUCUAAACGGCCCAAGCGAGUUCCCUUCACAGUAGAUCUUAUUGCCAACAUACAUUCAGUCCUCGACAUGUCACUGCCGCUACAUGCCGCAGUUUUUGCAUGCCUCACAACUACCUUCUUCACCAUAGCGCGCACAGGUGAAUUCACUGUGCCCUCACUGACUGCCUUCCGUGCUAGUCCUAGCUCCUAUGUGACGGUUGGGGACAUUCACUAUGAUGAAGAUCGAAACGGAUUCAAAGUUGUCAUCUUUGCAUUACCACAAACCAAAGUGUCCCCCAUCGGAGAAGAUGUUUAUUGGGCCGCUCAGUCAGGCAUAGUUGAUCCGCAAGCUGCACUCCGCCAUCAUUUGGCACUUAAUCAGCCUCCUCCAUCAGCUGCAGUUUUCAGUUGGCGGCACUCAUCAGGUCUGCGCCCGCUGACGAAAUCCGCUUUUCUGGCAUGUCUCCAGACUGCUGGAGAUCAACUGGGGUCCGGAAUGCUCAAAGGGCAUGGGAUUCGCAUUGGAGGAACCUUAGAAUAUCUGCUGCGAGGGGUUCCUUUCGAUAAUGUCAAAGCCAUGGGGCGUUGGAGCAGCAAUGCUUUUCUUCUCUACUUGCGGAAGCAUGCUGUGGUGCUAGCACCAUACUUACAAGACACCCCAGUUUUGGAGCCCUUUAUGCGUUACGCUUUGCCCCCAACGCGUUGA